UGAGAGAAAAUCAGCUCUAAUGGGCAGUUCCCAUGGCCACGGCAUCAACUGUUUGGUGUGCCCACAGGACGGGCGUGAUGAGGAGAAUCGGACGACGGACCCCUUCGAGGAGGUGAGGGUGGAUGAGUUCUACUGCUGUCUCGCCUGGGCCUUGGCCAAAGAAAGUGCCGACCGCGUGCGCGCAGAGCAUUUGAGCCACCUGCACGCGGAAGUCCAGAAGCAGGCCCAAUUCUUCAAUGCGAAGCUCUUAGUCUGGGAACCUACUAGUGGUGUUUUACUGGGGAGGAAUGCUGAGCAUGGCAUGACCACCGCAGAUAUGAUGUGCCGAAUGGGUCAAUUGUUGUGCCGUUGGGCUUUGUCCCAGUCUCCUCCGAUGGCGCUUCAUGUUGGAGUGGAUGUGGGCGGUGUGUCUUGCAUCACCCUGUCGAAGAACAAAGCCUACCAUGGCCAAGCCUAUGUGGGCGCACGAGUGUUGUGCUGCUCUGCACAACAUAGUGGGAUGGUGCACAUCUCCAGUCGGGCCAAGGAGAACCUCCGGGCGGUGCGCUUCGCGAGUAUGAUCGUGGGGAAAGGCCCAACGUUCUAUCUGGACGCCUUUACUGAGGUCCUCAAAGAGGAGACGAUCAAAACGACCAAGCUCAGCUCCUUCGGCUUAUCCAGCCAGGAUGCCAGAAAGAUGCCCCUGGAGGAAUUCCGAGAGAUUCUGCUGGAACAUGCGGUGGAAAUCUCUCGCUUUGGAACAGGCGGCUUCAAGACGCUGCACCAGUUCUACGAGGAUGUGGUCCUCACAGAAAAAAGUUAUCUUCAGCUGGUGGGAGAGAACCUCCGACGCUUCGUCGAGCUGGUGCGAAUCUCCUUGCGGUUCCGGGCCGCGAACGGCAAACAGAAAGAGCUGCGGAUCAAGUCGGUGAUGAAUCCCGACGGCUCCGUACGGGAGCGGAAUCUGCCACUGGCGAUGGUCUUGCGGCCCAGUGAUGCUGGUGCUUGGCAACCAGCGGUGGAGACAUGCUUUGAGGUCAAGUUCGGUUUGAAGGCUGAGGUGCAGAAGCUGUGCUUCCACAUCGAUGACCAAGCAUAUUCCUAUGAAGAGACCAUUGCAGAUUCCUCCACAAUUCCAUCCAUUCCCACUGUCUACAAGACUCACAGCAUUGUGAUCCUUGUGAAGAAUACCUCGAAGGCGGAGUUGAAGCCCAUCGGCCUCCCCGGUGGGGAGGAAUUUGAGACGAAUCACCACGGGCAACAUCACUGGACCUGGGUCGAGAUCGUCUCCAACAAAGAAGAGGAGCUCAUGCGUUUACUGCAGAGCCAUGGCAUCGAUUUCUCCUCGAGGAGCUUCGCAGAGCUCUACGAGGAGGUCUACGAGAAGCGACGGUCUCGACUUCAGGUGGUGGACAAGGACUUGGUGCGGAAUUUGAGGGUCAUCAAGGUCUGGCUUUGCGUGAGCAUCCUCAACUGCAAGCACGUGCUGGUGGUGAAGAACAAGCAGAAGGAAGGCGCUCCCGAGAUCCGAGAGCUACGGACGUUGUCCAUGCAGAUGAGGGAAGGUCAUGGUUGGCAGGAAGCCCUUCGAGAUGCUUUGUACCAAAGACUGGGGAUCCCCGAGCAGCUGCAGCGCGACGAGCUUGACUGCUCUUUGGUGGGCAGGCGUCAAGAGGUGGAGUACUCCAGGAGUUUUCCUGGCCUGAAAACCCUUUAUGACAUCUUAGAAGUGCACGCAGAGGUGCGGCACCCCUACGACCAGCGCUGGGACGUCUUGGGCCUCCCCGGGGCCUUCGAUUUCACCUACCUUCGGAAGAACGAGGUGGCAGGGCAGACGGAAGUGGUGGUGACGCGAUGGGGUUGGGUCGUACCCACAGGACAGAACUAUGUCUUGAGACCGCCCAGCCUCUUCGACAAGAAGGAGGAUGCCUCGAUUGUGGAGGUCGAUAAAGCUGGCCAGGUGUCACCUCCAGGGAUGCUGCCGGUACACGGCUCGAACGAGCUCUUGGUGAGCCGAGUCCUGGAGGGGAAGACGACCGACUGGGCGAAGGCACGAAGAGCGGCGGAGAUGAUUCGCUCUCCGGAGUAUACCACCAAGGACUUCUAUGAAGACAUGGUGGCCGCCUUCCCGGAGCUACGCCUCUACUCGGUGGUUCGGGUCUCCGAGGUCCGAAAUGACCACAACCUGGUGAUGAGCACCUCUGCCAACCGCUCCGGCGCGGACGAGUUCCAGCGCACCACGGGCGCGCUCUUCUGCAUCUUCUGGCUCAUGCGACAGCACCUGGAUGGCCGCGAAUGUUUCUGCUUUGGCCUGGACCACGAGUGGAAGAAUGCCAAGGAAAUCAUGAGGCACGUGCCGGGGAAGGAGGCGGAGUUCCAGCGUCGGAUGAGCUUCUAUGAACAGGCGAACUGGUCCGCGAUCGAGGACCUCAUGCGCGGCGCGGGGCUCUUGACCAAGCAGGGCCACGACGUGGAAAGGACCUUGGCCAUGCUGGUUCUGAUGACGAUCCACGACAUCAUGAAGCUGGACAUUUUAAGACCCACGGUGCUCAUGAACGAGUUCUGUGGCUAUAAGUCGGGCGAAGUGAUUGGAGACCAUGACAUCGCCUUGAGCUACGUCCUCGAGCGAUGUCCUGAAGCCUUGCCCUCCUUUGCCGGGCUCUUACCCGAACUGCAGGCGAUCUGUACUAGACGAAAAGCGUGCUUGCAGCGCUUGCCGCGCUUGCGCCCGCGAUUGUUCAGGAGUGCAUUCGAUUUACCCACUGCAAGCUGGACUACAACAUGGGUUGGCUUGUUCAGGGCGAAGCACAUCCUGGCGCGCUCUUCCGAGCUUUUCGACAGGUGAUCUUGGAACGGCCCAAGGAGACCUCCAGUAAAGAUGUGGCCUUCUACUUUGUCCAUUGGUUUGCCGAUCUGGCCGGUGCCGAAGCCUCUCCCUUGACCGGCUGCGAGAAAUUCGUCUUGAAGUUUCCUUUGCAUGUGCUGUCGAGCUUCAUUGAUUCCUUUCCGGUCGUUUGGAAGCUCGGGCCAUUGACCGAGACACAGGU